UUUUUACAAUAAUGUAUUUGUUUAUAGGUAUCCCGUGUAUACAUUAGGUAUGCAGUGUUAUUUUAUCUGAAUAAGUUUCAUUUUUCCAUAUUAGAUAUUGUUGUUAUUGCAUUUUUAUUUUAAACACCAAACGAAAAGAAAAAAAAAACUGAAAAUAAAUAAUUGAAAUCUAAAAAUUUUAGCACAAUUUUUGUUUAGCAACAAAGACCUAGUAAUACUCUGGUAUUGGCAGGAUUGAGAAAAAUCUAGAUCCUGGUAUUCCAAGUUUUAUAAUCUGGUAAAAUGGCCAUUCAUAUAGUUGGCAACAGUGCUUGACAUGUGACGUCGUUAUCUGCUGAAAAUUGAAAUGAAUGAAUAAUGAAAUGAUAACAAAAAGCUGAAAGAAAACAGGGAUUAUAAACUUUUAGAAGUAAUGAAUUAAUAAAUGAAUCCCAUCCCUACAAUUUUAUAGUAUUUUUUAAUGUUUUUUGUGGAGUAUCCUUUAUAAUUUUUCAUUUAUUUUAAACAUGAAUUUAAAUGCGGAUAUAUCAAGUGCCCUACAACUGCUGGAAGAUAUUAAACAGGGGGUUGGUGAUCUUGGGGACCCAAAAUUGCAAAUGAAUACUUUUCAAGACCUCAAAGCCCUAUUAUCAAUUCUAGAGAACCCUGUAUUCAGAAGUAUCGUAACUGUACAGGAUUCUUUGAGUGAGCUUAACCAACAAUUGGGACAACACCCUUCAAUUUUACCAGUAGAUUUUGAUAUCACUUCGGCAGGAGAAUUGGUACUGAAUGUCCCACCUGCUGGUGAAUUGUAUGAUCCUGAAUACAGCGAUUAUGCUGGGAGGGACUUUGAUGAGCAACGAGUACCUUCUGCUCCUAUAUCACCAAACUCGCCUCAAUCAUCAGCAUUUGCUGCAUCAAGCAAUAAAAUUCUUUCAUUACUUAAUAGUCAAAAAUUAAAUGGAAGUGUCUGUAAUCCAGAGACAUUAAGAUUACUACAAGGGGGCAGCAGUUUUAACGCCCAUGAUGACGAUAUAAUACACAGAUCUCCAUCUGUUGGUAGUGAUAAUUCAAAAACUGGAUCGGAUCAUUUACCAAACAGUGAAUGGUCCCAAGUGGAGAGCAUAGACUUAGUUAACGAUGGUACCGGAUUGGGUUUUGGUAUUGUUGGGAUGAGGAAUAUGGGCGUAGUUGUUAAAACUAUUUUGCCUGGUGGUGUUGCUGACAGGGAUGGCAGAUUGCAAAGUGGAGAUCAUAUUCUUCAGAUUGGAGAUGUUAACUUACACGAAAUGGGUUCAGAACAAGUAGCAACUGUGUUGCGACAAUCAGGUACCCAUGUGCGAUUGAUUGUAGCUCGUCCUGUGGAAUUGUCGUCUUCCGAGUACAAAUAUCUCGGAAGUUCCGCUCCUAUAGUGCCUACAAAACUCUUACAUGAUGCGACUGAACUUGAUAGAUAUCUAAUUCAGCAUAAGUAUCCUCCAGUCUUUCGAAAGGAAAGCGAUAUAUUUUCAUUGGAGCUUGCAAAAUCAUACGGUUUAUCUCGAAUCCCUGCAUCACCCUCUCUGCCAUUGCUGAACCUCGAUGUCUCAGUUAAAAUGCCCGAAAUGGAGAAGUUUGUUGUUGAAUUGAGGAAAGACACAAAUGGCCUGGGUAUCACCAUAGCGGGAUACGUGUGUGAAAAAGAAGAGUUAUCUGGAAUAUUUGUUAAAAGCGUUAGUAAAGGCAGUGCUGCUGAUCUUAGUGGCAAAAUCAAAGUCAAUGACAGAAUUGUUGAAGUGGAUGGGCAAAGCUUGCAAGGUUAUUCUAAUAUUCAAGCAGUGGAAGUACUUAGAAAUUGUGGCAAUGCUGUCAAACUAUGUCUGGAACGAUAUUUGCAUGGACCUAAAUAUGAACAGCUUCAGCAAGCAAUAGCAGCAAGUGAAACGAAGCCACCGUCAGCUUUAAAUUCCCCACGAUAUCCCAAAGAAGAGGAAAGUCAUUCAAAUCCAGGCAGCGACCUUUUUAAUGAGUUUAUUAGAAAAGAAGAUCUUCCCUUACUUACUGAUGAAGAACUGAUAUCAAAAUGGUCUUGUAUGAUGGACUCAGAUGUUGAAAUUGUCAUCGCACGACUGAAAAAAAUUGGUGAGAAGGGUGGCCUAGGGAUAAGUUUAGAAGGAACAGUAGACGUCGAAGAUGGUCGUGAAGUUAGGCCACAUCAUUACAUUCGUUCCAUUCUUCUUGAAGGUCCUGUAGGCAAAAACGGAACACUCAAAUCGGGCGAUGAGCUGCUAGAAGUCAACGGCCAUCAGUUAUUGGGAAUGAAUCACCAUGAGGUUGUAAGUAUCUUGAAAGAAUUACCUCUAAAUGUUUGCAUGGUUUGUGGCAGAAGCCCUUUAAAUAUAUUUAAAGAAGAAAAGUAUCCAGAAAGAAGCGUCCUAACGAGAAGCCUGAAUAAUCUUCUUCCUGCAUCCGAUCGAUUAGUAAAAGCAAAAUCGGAUGGUUCUCUCGCUAGUAGCAUAGCUGUAGCUAGUUCUUCUGAAACGCCUUUCUCAAAAAUGAAAUCCAGAAGCUUAGAACCCUUAACAGGUCUUGCCAUGUGGAGUUCAGAUCCUCAAAUCAUCGAGCUAGUGAAAGGAGAAAGAGGUUUAGGUUUUUCUAUUUUGGAUUACCAAGAUCCAAUCGAUCCUAAUGACACAGUUAUUGUAAUAAGAAGUUUGGUGCCUGGCGGUGUUGCUCAACUAGACGGACGACUAAUUCCAGGGGAUCGUUUGCUGUUUGUUAAUGAUACGGUAUUAGAAAAUGCUUCUUUAGACCAAGCAGUACAAGCUUUGAAAGGAGCUCCAAAAGGGAUAGUCAGGAUUGGCGUUGCCAAACCAUUACCCAUUCCUGAUACUGUAGCACAUGGUUCUCUAAUCGACGUCGAUCCGGAUCGUUAUUUAACUUCUGAUUCGUUUAAUUAAUUAUUGUUGAAUGACAACUUAAAUACUCUAUUUUUGCAAGCUCAUAUUUGUUUAUUUAUAAUUGGUUGGAUUUUUUCAAUUUUGUCUUUAUAUUUACGUUGUUAUAUUUUAGUCUGUGACAAAGACAAUUUUUUAGCGUGUGAGCCAUUCAAAAAGAUCCACCCAUGAUAGCAAUACUAGCCCUUAGCCCCUGUCAUGGUUGUUUUUCCAUUCUAACAACUAUGACGGCUAAAAUUUAAAAUGCAAUGCUUUUCCUAUGUAUUGAUUUGGAUGGCUCGAGCUUUAUAUUUUAUUACGAAGUAUUAAUAAGCAAGUUUCAAGUCAAUUGUUAACAAUAUCUACCACCUCACAAGCGGGUUUGAAUUGUGAAAAAUAUGGUUUUGCAGCAAGGUUGUAAUCUGGCCAAAACCUCGGUUUUCAAGUAGCUACUCACUCAACUACUCUGUUCCUUGAUAUUAAACAUUCAGUAAUGGAGAUUACUAAUGAGUUAAAUUGGUUCACAAGCCCGAUUCGCACCUGUGCAUUUCUCCAAAAGUUUUUUCUUUGGUGCUUCUUAGGGUAUCCUGUCAUAAUUUAUUUUAUUACCCUUAAACCUGUUUGCAGAAAAUUUACAAUAAUUGAUGAUAGAAAGUAUCGUAAACAGAUCAAGUUAAAUGGUGAAAUAAAUAUGUAUCAGCUUCUUUGGACAAUUUCAUUGAAAAGCUUGAAUCAAUUGAUUUAAAUGCUAAAAGAUAGCAGAUCAAAUUUAAAUCUUAAUAAAAAGUGAUUACAUAGUUGAAUGUUUGAUUUGAUGUGGAUACCUCUGACGAUUUAUACAAGAAUAUGCUACUCGUAGACACAAACAAAAACAAUACAUAAGUAUGUCUAUAAUAGUGUGCAAUAUCAAAGUAUGUCUGUUACCAGUUUUUUGUAAAUACGUAUAGCAUGGUAUGCAAUAAGAAAUAGAAGACAAACGCAAAAAAAAAUGGAGGUUAAAAUUAAAUGUUAUAAUUGAAGAGACAUCAAUAAACAAUCAAAACCCUAAAUUUUAAUAUGAAGGCCAGUAUUUUUUUUAUUGAGGAAAGAAAAUAAGGCAAAAUGUUUGAACCACUUGCUUAUCAGUAUUUUAAAUUAUUACAUUUAAUAUUUUUAUAAGGGACUCCUCAACUUAGUUUUAACAAAUAAAGGCAUUGGCUAAAAUUCUUAAAUCAUGUAAAUAUUACUAUAAUAAUAAAUACAAUCUAUACAUACUAUAUAUUUAUCAAUCAAAUAUUCAGCAAGCAAUUCUAUAGUACUUACUUAUAAUAGUACUCAAAGAUCAAAGUAUCACUGCCCUAGAUAAUCUAUGUCAAUAUAGUGACAUUUAUUUAGAAAUUAAACAUUUCAUGUAGAGUAAAAUUUGAAAUUUCAAUUAAUAAGUCAUAGAAUUUUUUUUGAAAUGACAUCUAAAUUAUUUUUCUUGGAGAUUAUUUAAGUCUGUGAACUAAUAUGUGAUAUGAAUUCAGCUUUAAUCAUACAAUUUCCAUCAAAAGUACAUGUAUGUAAGUCAAGUUUUUAGGGUGACACUAAAUAAGUUAAUAUACAUACGCAUAAUUAAAUGAAUCAAUCAAUCAAUCAAUCAAAAUAUACUUUAUUGUCGGAAAAUAAAUUUCAUUGACAAAGCAUGAUCUUAAAUAAUGUGCAAGUAAUUAAAAAUUAUCGGGUUAUAAAAAAAAGAGGUACAAUCAAGAAAAUAAAAAAUAAACAUAAACAUAAAUGUCAAAGCAUAAUCCUAAGCAACACAUGUACAAUUUUUACUACAUCAAACUAUAGAGUCAUAUAGAAGGUACAGCCAAUACAGAAAAAACAUAAAGGUUGCGGUCAGAACAAAACAAAACAAUGAAACAAACAAAAUUAAAAUUUUUCAUUUAAAAAUUCAUUAAUAUGAUAGUAGGCUUCUCCAUGUAAAAAUGUUUUGAGCUCUAGUCUAAACUUUUUAAAACCACCUAUCUGCCUUAAGUUAACAGGCAGAUGAUUAAAAAUUUGUCUACUUUUAUAAAUUAGUGAAUUUUGCGUCAAUGCAGUCUUGGGUAUAGGAAGCUGAAUUUUAAGAAGUUGCCUAGUUGGAUAAGUUCUUGGAUAUUCUAACUCAUCAUAAUGUUUUUUGUGCAUAAGGCAAGCAGUUUCCAUGAUAAAUAUACAGCAUACUGUAAGUAUUUUAUGUUUUAAAAAUAGUGGCUUGCAAUGCUCCCAAUAUCCAACCCCACACAAAUAGCGCACUGCUCUCUUUUGAAUGACAAAAACAGAAUCAAACAAUUUAUUAGAACAGUUACCCCAAAAUGCAAUGCCAUACCUGAUAUGAAAUUCAACCAACGAGAAAUAAACCAACUUAGCAGUAUUCAAACCAAGUUCAUUUGACGCUAUUCUUACAGCAUAGCAACCACUUGCCAAUCGUUUGUUUAGAUUUGUAACGUGCUCAUUAAACUUAAGUUGAGUAUCAACAUGAAUACCAAGAAAUUUACAGCUAGUUUUAUUUUCAAUUGUGUGUGUGUCUAAUAAUAAAUCAUCAAAAAAAAAUUUAAAUGUCAAUAUGUUGGUUUUCUUAGAGUUAAAACAAAGCAAGUUAGAGUCACACCAGCUCUUUACAAGAUUUAGGUCUUCAGAAAUAAUCUUUUUCAACUCUUCAAUAUUUUUUCCGUUCCAGGACAGAGUAAUGUCAUCAGCGAAUGAUGUUAUUUUAGCUCUAAUGGGGAGGUCAUUAAUAUCAUUUAAAUAAAGUAAAAACAAUAUUGGUCCCAACACAGAUCCUUGUGGAACACCAUUGGUCACAGCCAAGUUUGAUGACUGAGUAUCACCAAUCUUAACAAAUUGUUCUCUUCCCGAGAAAUAAGAUUCAAACCAUGAGUAUGAGAUUCCUCCGAAGCCAUAAAUUUCUAGUUUUUUAAGCAUUAUUUUAUGAUUUACGCAAUCAAAGGCUUUAGAGAAAUCACAAAACACAACGGCGACAAGCUCACUUUCAUUAAGACUGACGAAUACCUGUUCCAAAAGAUUAAACAUUGCAUCAUGGGUGCUCUUUAAUGGUUGGAAUCCAAAUUGAGUGUCGCUUAUUAUGUUGUGUUUUGAAAAAUAUUUUAACAUUCUUUCUUUAACUAACUUUUCAACUAUUUUUGACAACGUCGAGAGAAGUGAUAUUGGUCGAUAAUUACAUGGGUUGUCCAAUUCGCCACCCUUAUAAAGAGGCAACACAAUAGCUUUUUUCAGGCAGUCUGGAAAUACUCCUGUUAAAAAUGAAAUAUUAAUACAUUCAGACAAGACAUAUAAUGCAUUAUCAGGCAAGUUUCUAAGCAAAUUUAUUGAAACAUUAUCGUGCCCACUGGAUUUAUUGUUUUUUAUUCCUCUAAAGAUUUCAUUAAGUUCUAAUACGUUUGUAGUUUCCAGUACAAAUGUGUCAUUUAUUUUAACAUCCAAUAAAUAAGAACCAGGAUCCACAUUACUUUUCAAGUUUUGUUGUAAAGUAUCAGCAACACUACAGUAGAAGUUGUUGAGAAUAUUGGGAUCUAAUUUAACAUCUGUUUGAAGAACUGAGUUUUUACCAGUUAACUGAUUAAUUAUUUUCCAGUUUUCUUUGCUGGCAUUUUUGGAGGAGUUUAUUCUAUUCUGAUAAAACUUUUCCUUAGCUGCUUUUAAAACACUUUUGUAAAUUUUUCUAUAUCUGCAGAAAUAACUUAUGAACUGAGGACAAUCAGUAAAUUUGCGAAUGUUUUGUAACGAACGCAUGUUUUUUGAUGAAACUUUAAUAGCGGGAGUAAUCCAAAGUUUACUUUUCUUUUGCUUAAUUUUUUGUAAUGGAAAAGAUUUUAAAAAUGCAUCAGUUACUAAUUUUUGGUAUUCGUUUAGUGGUGAUUGACAAUUCAAAACUGCUGGCCAAUUUAAUUCCUUGCAAAUAUCUUUAAAUUUUUUAUAAUUGUUGCUGCUAAGUAGUCUACCAACUUUAUAUUUUGGUGGUUUAUUUAUCGCAAGUUGAAAUUUUGCUAAAACUGCCUCGUGAUCCGAAAUGCCUACAGGAAUUACACUACAGCUAACAAACAUUUGCUUUAAGACAAAAUUUGAACACAGAUAAUCGAUUUUGGUUUGAGAAUGAACAGUUAUUCUAGUAGGUUCGUUAACAUACAUCUCUAGGUCAAAUGAUUAAAACAAGUUAGACAGAAUUUGCUGUGCCUCUGAUCUGUCAUCAUCAAAAUUUAUAUUAAGGUCUCCCCCUAGUAUCAAACCUGCCUUGGGUGGCAGUUUUGAUAAAAGAAUUUCAAGAUUUUCAAAGUAUUGCUUUAAGUUUGAAUAAUAGGGGGGCCUGUAUAUGCACAAAAUGUAUAAAUUAUUUUUUUGUUAUAUAACAAGGAGAAUUCAAAAACAUUUUCAAUUAAAAGGGUAUUAAACUUUGUUAUGGGGGUAACAUCAAAAGAUUGUAAAAAUGUCUUAUUGACAAGAAUAGCAGUUCCACCAUGAGUUUUACUAUUUCUACAAUAGAGAGACACCAGAGUAUAAUUUUCAAUACAAAAUGGUUCAUUUUCUGCUAGCCAAUGCUCAGUUAUAAGUAAGAAAGCUGGAAAAUUGUUAUCUUCCAACAGCAGAUAUAAAUCAUCAAGUUUGUUCCUUAGCGAUUGUAUAUUAAUUAGAAAUACGGAGACGGCGGCGUUAUUAUUUUUUAUGUUUUGUGCCGCGCUUGCGCAGUUUGUGGAAGAGGUUGGUCUAAAAAAUUUACCUCUGGAAAAUUAUUACCCUUUGAAAUAGUGUCGUCAUUAAUACUAAAGAUAUUAUCAUCUAUUGGGACAUAUUUAAGAUUUGUUAUGCUUUUUACAUUAAAGUUCUGAACACACUGUUUUAUCAAUUUUCCAGUCUUAAACAAUCCGUACUUAUCUCCAUGAGAAAAAUUACCAACCAAAUCCAAAAAACCUAUGUUAAUAGAGAAUAUUUGUAGUUUUUGAACAACUUCCCUAAGUUUUUGAUUUACAUUCCUAACAUACAAACAUUUCUUGCCAUAUUUAUUUUUAUAUGGGAGGUUGCAGACUAACAAAUUCGUUCUAAAACACUUAUUUGACAGCAAUAUUAUGUCAUCUUUUCGGAUAUCAGUGUCGUUAAGUCCUGCUAUUAAAACAAUAUAGUCCUUAUCGGUCAAAUCCUUCACAUAACAGUCUGAACUAUGUAUAAUAUCCCUUAUUGUAGUAUAAGGUUUUGUCACCAGCUGAGUUACAUAGUUGUCCCCCACGGAUUUGUCUAUAGCAUCAUAUAACAUUCUUCCAAAGUCAUCAGUUAAAAUAACAAUCUUAUUCUUAGAAUUUUUAACCUUUCUUAAAUUAACAAGCGAGUUUAUAGCACUUAUGUCAGCAAUAUUACCAUCUGAUUGACUUUUUUGAUAAUCCUUUUUCGAAACUUUACGCUGCUUGAACUGGAAUAAUUCUUUGUUGAUCUUUUUAUUCUCACUAGCAUAUACAUCAUUAUCAUUCUCAAGUGUACUAAUUGUUGUUAGCAUUUGAUUUUUCAUUGACUUCAAAUCAUCUAGCUCUUUUACCAGUUUAUCACGUUUCUCAUCUUCCUCCACCAUUAUCUGCUGCAAAUUCUCGUUCCUCUGUAUCAGUUCAUCAAUACGUUUGGUGUCAGAUUUACUAGAUAGCUUGAUCUUUUCGAUUUUUUUAUCUAGACUUUUAUUUUUCACUAGAACUUCUUCAUAUUUCUUUUGAUGUAUAGUAAUAUCUUUCUUUGUGCCAACAAUUUCCCUUUCUAAAGUUCUAAUAAUUUUUUCUUGACUCUUGAUUUUUUCUUCCAGUGAAUUUUCAACAGAAAAAACAUGAAUUAAGUAAUUUUGUUUCCAAGUUUUUAUUCUUAGGUCGGGUAGUAUCAAACUAUUUUAACAGAUAACUAGCCAACUUCUGGAAUUACUAUGAGAAGUAACGUCAUUCCAGAAGUUAACUUUCAGCUAUUUUGUCAAAAUAGUUUUAUAAUACCCGCCCUAAAUAUAGUAAAUACCUCGCAUAUUAUCUCCUUUUAAAAUAAUUCAUAAUUGAUGUUCGACCCAUAUGUACAUAAAUUGAAAUAAAAAGGUGAUUUUAGCGUUUACUAUUAGAUAGAAGCCAAUGCCUUUGUGCAGAUAAUGUGUUAUGUACUUAAUGGUACUCAUUACCUUUAGUAUAUGCUAAUACAAUAUUAAUUUUUAGUGAUAUAAGGAAAUGGGGUGAAAUAAAUAAUUAGUUACACAAAUGGACCUAGUUAUUGUUAAUCUAGUUUUCAAAUCCUUUAGUGGAAAUAAAAAAUAGGAUCAGUGAUUCAGUAGCAUUUAUAAAUUAGUGAUACAGUUGGGCCCAUUUUUAUAUGCCAACUUAGACAUAAAAUAAGCACAAUUUAAUGAACGUUUAUCUUAGAUUUAACUAUUCAAUCUACAAAAUACAUCCCUUUUCCUUACAGCAAUAUAGUUAGUUUUUUUGUACUCAAAUUUAUAAUCUCGAAUCUCAUUUUAUUCAUAACAAGGCACUUAGUCUAGGAAAAUUGUCGAUUUCCAAAAAAAAAAUUCCUACCCAAAUGAACUUUUCAGGGAUGAUAGGGGGCGGGUGGGUGAUCAUAAAACCGAAAAUAUCAAACAUUCACCCCUCUGGCGUUUUGCGCUAUAGGGGUUGAAAGUGCGCCAUUGGCGAUUACUUGGUACCUAUUGAUUUUACAAAAAAAUGUUUCAAAUAAAAGAUGUGCAACAUUAUUUGAUCUACAAUGUUUAUCUAAAGACGUUUUUGAUUAAGGGCCGUCUGUGGUCAUAAGGGCCGUUUGAAAUUUUAUAAGGAAAAUGAAAAAUUGUAAUCAACGUGAAAAAAUUUCCUACAACACAUACAACAUUUUUGCUUUAUGAAGUUUUUACUCACCCCUUGCCGUUUUUCAAUAGGGGUAAAUAUAAUAAAGAAUAAGAUUACAUUUCCUACAAUUUUUCUCCAUAAACUUUUUUUAUAACUCACCCCCAUUCAGCGGGGGGACACUUUCUUUAGGAAAAUUUUAGUUUUUAGGGGCAUAUAUUAAUUUUUUUUUUUCUUUUCUCGCCUUUCGUGUAUAUAAAAAGUUGCAAUUAAAAUUGUAUUGAAAGGAUUUUUUUUCCCAUCAGCUUUUUGUUUUUAGGGGUAGUUCGCCUAUUUUCAACUUUACAAAAAAUUUUUAUUAAGAAUACUUGUUCAUUUUAUUAUUUUGAGCACCUUUUCUUUAUAAUUUAUUUUUGUAAAGUUAAAAAUAGGCGAACUACCCCUAAAAACAAAAAGGUGGUGGAAAAAAAAUCCUUUUAAUACAAUGUUAAUUGCAACUUUUUAUAUGCACUAAAGGCGAGAAAAGAAAAAAAAUUAAUAUAUGCCCCUAAAAACUAAAAUUUUCCUAAGGGAAGUGUCCCCCCGCUGAAUAAGGGUGAGUUAUAAAAAAAGUUGAUAAGGAAAAAUUGUAGGAAAUGUAAUCUUAUAAAACUUUUAUUGAGAAUUUUUUUUUGUAGAAAAAUAAAAAAACUUCAAACUACCCCUAUUGAAAAACGGCAGGGGGUGAGUAAAAACUUCAUAAAGCAAAAAUGUUGUAUGUGUUGUAGAAAAUUUUUUCACGUUGGUUACAAUUUUUCAUUUUCAUUAUAAAAUUUCAAACGGCCCUUAUGACCACAGACGGCCGGCCCUUAAUGAAUGUUUGAUAUUUUCGGUUUUAUGAUCACCCACCCGCCCCCUAUCAUCCCUGAAAUGUUCAUUUGGGUAGGAAUUUUUUUUUGCAAUGCAUGUAUUUUUCGACUAUUUUCCUAGACUAACUGCAUUUUA